GGUGACUCAGAGACCCCGCCCCCUGGAGGUAAUUUCCCAACGACGUCACGGAAGAUCAUUACGGAAGUGAACCAGGCGACGAAACAGACAGAAACCCAAAUAAGUUGGCGUGUAGGCUCGACUCACACAUACAGACAGCCCAAAAUGAUGCUUGGAGGAGGGUUCAAACCAGAGAGGCUAAGGGUCAACCUCCGGCUUGUCAUCAACCGACUCAAGCUGCUUGAGAAAAAGAAAACUGAGCUUGCUCAAAAGGCAAGGAAGGAGAUUGCUGAUUAUCUGUCAUCAGGAAAAGAUGAGCGGGCACGAAUUCGUGUGGAGCACAUUAUCAGAGAGGACUAUCUGGUAGAAGCCAUGGAAAUCCUGGAGCUUUACUGCGACCUCCUGCUGGCUCGCUUUGGCCUUAUUCAGUCUAUGAAAGAGCUGGAUCCCGGCCUACAGGAGGCAGUGUCCACCCUCAUCUGGGCAGCGCCUCGUCUCCAAUCAGAGGUUUCUGAACUAAAAAUUGUAUCUGAACAGCUUUGUGCAAAAUAUAGCAAGGAGUACGGCAAGCUGUGCAGGACAAACCAGAUUGGCACAGUCAACGAUAGGCUGAUGCACAAAUUGAGUGUGGAGGCACCUCCCAAGAUCUUGGUAGAGCGCUACCUGAUAGAGAUCGCUAAGAACUAUAAUGUACCGUAUGAACCUGACGCCAUGGUCCGGCCUGAGGUAUGUCAAGGAGAAGAGGCAGAUCUGAUUGAUGUGGACACUGACAGGAAGUCUGGAGGCGGCGGAGGAGGAGGUGGUGGAGGUUUCACUGCUCCUGCUGCUGCUAUGCCUAUGCCCAUGGCCAUGCCCAUGCCCAUGCCUAUGCCCAUGCCUAUGCCAACAGCCUUCAACUAUCCACCUCCCAAAGGAGCUGAACCGUUUAAUGCUCCCGUUGGAACCUACAACAACUUCCCGCACCCCAUGGGAGGAGGGCAGCCCCCUCAGCUGCCCACUUCUCCCCCCACGUAUGAGUCCAUUGAUGACCUAACUGACAAACCCUCUGUUCCUUCCCAGGCCGUAGGUCCGGGCCCUGCGUCUCAUGUAUUUGACAGCAAUGCUCUCCCAGAACUCCCCUCUGUCCCCGACACACUCCCUACAUCGUCCUUCGGCGGAAACGCCACCACCUCGGAUGACAUCGACUUUGAUGAUUUAACACGGCGGUUUGAGGAGCUGAAGAAGAAGACCUAAUUGCUAUACAUCUAGUCUAUACACACACAGACCUGUGUCAUCACCUACGCAGCUCAGAACAGGAAAUGGGAAACGUCGGAGGCUCUGAAUCAGAUUUGGGUAGAUCUCCCCCUUACACGGUGAAGUAAUUUGACAUAGAUAUCGAACAUACACAUAUCCUUACCUCAUAUAUAUACAUACGACCAGCUUACUGAUGGUUUGGAUGCUCACUAGCGUCAGUUCUGUUGACCAGUGAGUGCCACAUGUUUUCGUUCUUUCUUUAUGGGAUAUUCUCUAAAGUCUUACAUACAAUCAUGUAGGUCUCGACCUCUGUUCACUCCGUCUUAUUUAAGGUUGCACCGACUUCAAACUUUUCCCAUUUGUCUGUGUGAUAAAGUAUAAUCAAAUUCAGAUUGUAAUCGUUGCUUUUCCCGGGGUUUUGGGUCUGACUAAUAUUUACAGUACAUGCCUUGAUUCUACUUUGCACACGCUAUUGUCGCUGUGAUCUUUACCACUGUGUCACUCAGUCCUGUCUCAGACCAGUUAAACAAGCCUGACAGGUCGCCCCACUGCGGUGAGGAAUGGGCAUUCACGCUCAGUGAAGUCACCACAUCAUUUCAGAGGCGAGGUUUUACCACCCAGCAAUGUUUUUAAUGAAGGAUUUGGGACGUGUAGAAGCCAUACUCCCAUUGUGCAGUUAUACAGUUUUUUCACUGUGGAAUGGACACUUUUAAACACUCAUCACUUGCGGAUGUUCAAGGAGGAUUUAUAUCAGAAUGAGAGUGUAUUUGUGAGUCCUCCAGGAAAAGCUCAUGGUGACACAAACCUGUUCAUCUGUUGCAGGGGUGGUGGGACACAGAUGUAAAGUGACAAAAAAGUGUAUGGAUAUCUGUAAUAUAAUACAUUUACAGUAAUAUAGAUAGACUUAUUUACACGAAUGAUUUAACUGUACAGCAAUAGGAGUUUGGUAGCAGGGAGUUGUUCAAUAUUUGACAAAUCUGUUUUAUACACACUAUCUCCAAAUAAAGUUUUUUUUUCUCCCUUUUAAAUGUCCAUUUUACCAAACACCUGCACUUUUUUAUGACUGAAGUACUUAAAUUAGAAAACAAAAUCCUCUGAGACAAAAGCAGUCACAAGACAACCUGAUUUGAAUAUAUGUAAAUUUUGACCCCAGAUAAUAGUAGUUUUGUGUUGUCUCCUGUGAUUGUAUGCAUGGGUCUUAUACUGUAUGUACAUCACUGCAUUUGCCUUAGCUAUCAUCUCUCAUCAGAGGCCUUGCCAGUCUGUGCUAGGAGUAAGCAUUUGUUGUCCAUCAAGACUGGAGACGUGAUGAGUCUCAGUUGAUCAGAUUACACUUUAUACCUAAAUGCUUUACCCAUGACAGAUUAUCUAAGAACAAAAGUUAAAAUUAGAUAUUGGAUGGAAAAAAUGUCUGCACUGGUAAUUGAGGUAGAGGUUUCUGUGGGAAAAGGAGUGAGAGGGUUUUGUUGUUCUGUAACCUAACCACACCCAGCUCUACUUGCAUGGCAAAUGGACAGUGGCCUUGAAUAGAAUCUCUGGCGAUCUCUGGAGUUAUGUUGAAAAGCUUUCUAGCUGGGUGGAAGAAACAGUUUAUAGGUUUUACAUGUGUUGGAGGAAGUAGAGAGGUAAUUAACACUACUGAACUGUGAUUUGCUCUCUGUCUUUUCUAUGUUGGACUGUUCUUUCGUGCUAAACUGAAGACACAAUAUGGUGUCUUGUUGCAAAAAAUAAGUUUUCUUUCCCAAUGUAUACUGAAAUAACAAUUUAAUAAAACAAUAUUUGGAAGUGGAACAGC